AUGAUAAAUCCAAAUGUGAAUAUCCUAGUUUUAGUUUUAGUGCAGUGUAUAAUUUGUGUAAGUGUUGAUAUAUUUCAUGAAGAAUCUAAAAUAACUUUGGGGUCCGGUGUUCAGUCAGAGUAUUUUGGAUACACAGUUGUGUUAACCAAUAACAGUCUCCUAGUCGGGGCGCCGAAAGCUCGGGACAAUGACUCGUCCCUAGCCACCGGCCUCGUGUUCACCUGCCCUCUGACGUCACUGACGAAGACUGACGUCAUUUGCAGCCCGUUGAGGACUGAAGAACAAUACACGUCAAGAUGGCCGCGGGCGCAGGGCUCGGAGAAACGGGACGACAUGUGGUACGGAGCCACCAUCGCUCUGCUGCCUCAUGAGAAAAUAUUGAUCUGUGCUCCCAGAUGGACCACUCCGUACAAGGACAGCCACAUGCUGGCGCACGGACUCUGCUACGUGCAUUCCAAGACUGAUAGUCUUAUACUGCAGCCGCUGAAGGAAAUGAAUCGCCAAGCCUACAUAAUAGACGGCAAGCGCUCCGAGUACGGCGACUACGGCACUCACCUGAACUUCUACGCCUACGGGCAGGCGGGGCUGUCGGCCAGCGCGGCGGGCGACAGCGUGCUGAUCGGAGCCCCGGGGCUGCUGCAGUGGACUGGAGGGGUGAUAGACUACAAGUUCCUGCCGGACUCGCCUCGUCUGUUCUUCAGCAAGCAGCCCACCACCAACCCUUACUACACGGAAGCCUUGGGCCCUGACGAUUAUUUUGGUUACACAGUGGAGUCGGGGGUAUUUGACUCGAAUAAGACCAUCCUGUAUGUAGCUGCGGCGCCGCGCUCUAAAAUGGGAUAUGGCCAGGUCCUAAUCUUCGAGCCAUCGACCCGUGAGUCCGAGCCGCUCCGGAUCCGCUCAUCGCUCACGGGUCCCCAACUCGGGUCGUACUUCGGAGCGAGUCUCCUCUGCACAGACGUCAACAACGAUGGCAGAACCGACCUGCUGGUCGGGGCUCCAAACUACGUGAUGAAGAAUGGUGACUUGCCGUAUGACCAGGGAGCUGUGUUCGUCUAUUUGAACAGGAAACAGGACGCCGGGUUUUCCCUGGAGCCGGCCAGCCUCGUGUCCGGGUCUGGGGUGAACGGGGCGAGGUUCGGCACCUCCGUCGCUGAUGCCGGCGACGUGGACGGUGACGGGUACAAAGAUAUAGCGGCCGGGGCGCCAUGGGAGGACCAGGGGCGCGGCGCCGUGUAUAUCUACCGAGGGCGUGAAGACGGGCUGAGGACACCACACGUGCAACGCAUCACGAGCGCGGGAGCUGCGGGGUUCGGGAUGGCCGUCACUAGAGGCGUUGACCUGGAUGGUGACAGGUGCAAUGAACUAGCGAUCGGGGCCUAUUCCAGUAGCACGGCGUACGUCUACCGGUGUGUCCCUACCAUCAGAGUGAAGGCAUCCAUGAAGCUACCUGACAUGAUGGACUUGCCCCUCAACGCUACUAACUUCACGGCUCUGUUCUGUAACUCUGCCAGCAGCGCGUUGUGGCCCAGCCUGGAUGAUUGGCCACGUGGUGUACUGAAGCUGAAAGCUAAGAUCACGGUGGACCGCGACCUCGGCAGAGCUGAGUUGUCCGGGGACGAUGAGUUCCAAGUGGAGGCUGUACCAGGGCGGACACACUGUUCCGAGGAAACUGUACUAGUUAAAUCCCGUGCAGAUUUAUCAAAUCCAAUUACCUUGAGCCUGGUUUUGGAACCGGUUGUUAUAACGUCGAAAAGUUUUACAGAUCUAGUGAGGCUAUCAGAAGAUUCUGAAUUGAACUCUUACUUUGAAAUUCAACUAACAAGGGACUGCGGAGAAGACCUUGUGUGUCGACCAAAACUAGACAUGUUCUUAGAGCCUUUAGAUAGUACUCCAUACAUUCCUGGGUCGGGAAAGAAACUGGGCGUCAAAGUGACCGUUCUAAACAAAGAGGAACCAGCUUUUGGAGCUAAAGUGCAUCUGAAUCUCCCACUACCUCCAACCAGGGUCCCCACUUCCUGCUCUAUAAAGAGACACAACCUUACAUGCAAUGUUCCAGCGCCACUGAACAGAGGAGAAUCGGUCGUAUGGAAUAUAGAAUUAGAGUUUGUAUUGACCAGCACUUCAGAGGUAGAUUUGAAAGUAGUUGCGCAGUUGGAUGAUCCCUUCUACACAAAGAAUAUUAGCGAUGAUGCCUUGAAAGAGAUUAUUUUGAAAGUUUCACCGCAAGCAAAUUUUACUGUUGUUGGCACAGCAUUGAUCAACUCUACACUUCCGGUCACCAGACAGAAGUUAACCGAUCUCGGGGUCAUGACCCUUGUACACUAUUAUGAGAUAAUAAAUUAUGGACCAUCGGAUUGGCCUCAAUUGGUUUCGAGUUUUGAUCUUCCAGAAAAUGUAUCCCUAUCGGCUCCAAUCCAGGGUUGUCAAGAGGCCGGCAGUCGGCUGCUCUGCGCCUGGUCGGUGCCAGCCAGGGCCUCCUUGCCGAUAGUCCUCACACUCCGCUUCAACUUGAAGGAACACGGGAGGCUACUUGAAGAAGUUCAAAGAAUAAACUUUACAUCAGUCAUACGUUUACACCAGUUUAACAAAACCGCCAACAUAACCUCCACGCUAGUCCUGGAGCCGGCGCCGCCCGUGUGGCCGCUGGCGGCGGGGCUGGCCGCGGGGCUGCUGCUGCUGGCCGCCAUCGUGUGUGCCUUGUACAGGUACGGUUUCUUCUCACGCGCCGCCCGGGACCGGCUGAAGCGUCUCCAACAAGAGCCAGGGUCCAGCGAGGGCACUCUGCCACUGGACGCCGUCAACGAGUCCAGCCAGGAACUGCUUCUAGAAGAUUCUGACUAGUGGGACACGCGGGGUCGCUUCUAGAAGAUUCUGACUAGGGGAACACACGAGGCAUGCUUCAAGAAGAUUCCGACUAGGGUAACACGCGAGGUCGCUUCUAGGAGAUUCUUACUACUACACUACUAGUUGUGGCUGACGCGAGACUUGGUUCUAGAAGAUUCUGACUUAUGGAACACGCGAGGCCUGCUUCUAGAAGAUAUUAACUAGUUAUGGCUAAAUCGAGACUUUGUUCUACACCCUUCCACACUAUGGUAGAGCUUGACAGAACCGCAUUGCCUUGCCAGUAACUACCGGUGCCAAACUGUAGGUCUAGUAUAGGUUUGUUAGAUUGUCGGAAACUAUAAAAAGUUUACGUUUUUUCGCAUACAAAGUGGCGCCUCUAGCGGAAACUAUCAUGUGACUUUUGAAUGAUAAUGUAUGCCGAUGACAGAAGACAACGAAAAGUUUUAUAUUUUUCAAAAAUUGCAAAACCUGUACUAGACGGGCUGAUCUGACUCCGUGCUCUACCCUCGUGGGAAAGGCGCAUUAGUUGAUCGCCUUUGGGCGUAUAACUGAAGCUAGAUAAAUACAUUAUGUUGAAUUAAAAUUUAGUGCUGUUGAUGGUUUGGUUAUGUGUUAGAGCGGUAUGAUUUAAGACUGAAGGAUUGUGUCAGCUUAUGUUGCCGGGUUUCAGGUUUUGUAACCAUAAAAAACUUUAUAUGCUCGCAAGUGAACUGCGUAUAUUUAGGUUUUAUUUAAUUAAGGAAGUGCAAAAAUAGGAAGUGACAUAAUAUAAUUAUAAUAAAUUUAUGACA